AUGUUUGGUGCUUUCCGACCUACGUCGGUGAAUCUAGGCGGUCUACUAUGGAAAACUCCAUGGAAGUUGUCAAUCACGCGAAAAGCCAAUGCACGUGCUCGUCUGAAGAAAGUCGACGCAGUCAUUGAAACGGUCAGAGCAAGUGGUAUACAAUGCGGCGCAUUGGAAAAGGCAUUGCAGCUGCCCAAAGAGCACGAGAUGGAUCCCAAGGAUAAAUACACAGUGUUCAGCGCGACUUCACGAGGCUAUCGAAAGGGCAUUCACAAAGUGCCCAAGUGGACUAGACUCACACUAAGAGUCAACCCGAAGGGAUUUUAA